AUGCCACUACCUCGUGAAGUUAGCGCGGAUGCUGAGGCUGACACGCCGGAUCAUUUGCGCGCCGACUGCUCCUUUAACAUCAGCCGCCGCGACAGCCUGGCGAGUUCGCGCUUUAGUAGCCGUCUCAGCCGGCGCUCCAGCGUGCGCGAUGAGGUGCAGUCGGUCGACGAGUUCCUGCGCAAGCAGCGUGUUAUUCGGUACAUGCAAGAGGAGCGGGAACGUGCAGAGCGGUCGAAGCUGCUGCGCGAGGAGCACGACUUCUGGAUCGAGUUCCGCGAUCGUGAGCGUGUGGAGCGACUGAAGUACAUGUCGGAGCAAGAGAUCGCGGAGCUGCUGCAGCGGGAGGCAGAUGAGGCGACGCGUGAAAGCAACGGUGCUGAUCAAGCGCACCAGCGAGCCAUGGAGGACGCGUUGCGGCGCCGCCACAGCAUGGCGGAUCUUCGGCGCAGGGAAGAGGAUGCUGUGUUGGCUCGUCUCAAGAGCGAGGUGCUGACGGAUGAGAUUCGUCGCGCUGCUCAGCUGGAGGCGUUGGAGAAGGCCGAGGCCAUGGCAGCCACCGAGCAUGCGCGGCGUGUUUCCGUGCAUCUCCAGCAGCGCGAAGAGGACUUGGCAGCGAAAUGCAAGCAGCUGACAGCGGAGCUGGAGGAAGCCAAGGCUGCUGCCACGCAAGCCCGAUGCUACCAGAAGCGUGCCGAAGACGAGCUGGCAAGGGAGAGAGAGAAGACGCUGAAGGAGAAGGCUGCUGCCGCAGCUGGAAAAGAGAUGAACGAGAAGCUCUUGAAGGAGCUAGAAGAGGUGCGGCAGCAUCUCACAGCCUCUGAGGAGGAGAAGAAGAGGGUGGAAGCUGCGAAGGCGCAGGCAGUGUGGGAUGUCGAGCAGAAGGAGAAGGAGCUCAGCAGCCUGAGGAGGUGCAACGACGAACUGGUAGCGCAGAAAGCGUCGCAGAAGGCUGUUUCCGAGGACGAGAAACAGCGCUCAUCACCGUUGCAGGAAGAGCUAACGGCGUCGAGGAACGAACUGAAGAAGGAGCGGGCAGCGCGAAGCAAUACAGAGGCCGAGCUGGUGGCGCUGCGAGAGCAAGCAAAGGUUCUCGAGUCGAAGCUGGCUGCCGCCAUUGCGCCAGAGCCGAAGCAGGAGGCGGAUACCAUACGAAAACUGAAGGCAAUCGCUGAUGACGCUCGCAGGGCGCAGGCGGACCUGUUAAAGGAGCGCCAGGCGCGUGAGAAGGCUGAGGCUGCCGCGGCGGAGGCAAAAGGUGCCCUAGCAAAGGAACAGGCUGCACGCGAGAAGGCAGAGGAGGAGGUGCAGCGGGCGGUGGCGGCGUCAACCGUUACAGCACUGCAAAUGGAAAAUGCCGUCUCUGAUCGAAAAAAGCUGGUCGAGGCGGAGAAGAAGCUGGAGAAGAUGCGUAAGGCACGGAGCAAGGAUGAGGCCGAGAAGGCCGCGCUGAAGCGCGGGUUGCAAAAGGUGAAGAGGGACCUUGAGGACGAGUCCGCUGCUCGGGCUCAGUUUGAGCAGCUCGCAUCGAAAGCUCUCAGCGCAGACCAUCACGUAUCGCAAAGGGAGGUGGAUCAGCUGCGAAGGGAGCUGAAGAUUUCGCAGGAACAAUGUGAGGCAGCACGCCAGGAUACCGUUGUGUGUCAGCAGAACGCAGUGAAUGAGAUCGCCUCUCUCAGGGCGUGGUGUGAGCGUCUACAGAAGCAGCAUCGUAUGCAGCUACAGCUGCUGGAGGAUGAUGACGAGUUUACCCCGCGGAUGGCCACACCAACGCCGCACUCGCGCUCGCCGAGCUUUGCGCCCCGGCGGAUGCCGAAAAAAGGUCUCGCUUCUGGCCAGCGCCAGGCGGACGAGAGGGUGGCGAGCGACCAGCGUAUUCACGAGCUGGAGGCGCACGUGAUGCGUCUGCAGGCGGACCUCCAGAAAAGCAAAGAACAAGAAAAAAAGGCGCUCAAGGCGUCCGCCGAAGGGUCGAGCUCUGAUUCCCAAAAAACGUCGCCGCACCAAAUCCCGAGUGGUGCAACGACGGAGCAGGAGGUCAGAGAGAUGGCGCUGGUGGAUCAGGUGAAUGCUUUGGAGAGGGAAGGCGCGGAGACGCGAAGGAAGUACGACGACCUUGUUGUGGCCUACAGACGAUCGGAAGCCGCUCGCUGCGAGGCGGAGCGGCAGGUUGCGGCGCAGCAGGCGCAGGCUGAGCAACUGCAGAAGCAGGGGUCUCAGCCUCACACCCCAACGCUGGCGAACUGUGAAACGACGCGUGUGGAGCCGAUCGUAGGGGCUGCCGAGGGGAACACGAGCUCACUCCCGGAGCGCAUCAGUAAUUUGGAGGGGCACCUGAUGGAGGAGCGCGCGACUCACGAGCCUACGGAGAAGCGUGGUGCUGCGCCAAGGGUCGGCGCCGAACUUGCGGUGAAGCAGGCGGGGGCGAGCUUUUCAGCAAGCGUUGCGGGCGCCAGGGCCUCGCCCAAGACGAAGAGCGGAUGCUGCUAG